AUUUAUUCUGAGCUAAAACCUCGAAGAUAUCCACGCGGGAUAUGCCUAUUCCCACCCCCCCGAAUAUUCUCCGAUUCUUUUCCCUGCCGUCUCUCUCUCUGUCUCCACUAUAAUUGCACACACAUGCAUCUGUAAUUUUGUAUAUUGAAAUUGCAACGGACCAUGAAGUUCUGGAAGAGUCUCAGACAGUUGAUCGAAGAGACCUUGCCUGAUUGGCAAGACAAGUUCUUGUCGUACAAGGAUUUGAAGCAGCAGUUGAAGCAGAUAUAUCCGAAGGAAGGCGAGGGUGUGUAUAUCAAUCAGCCGAAUAAACGGCAAAGAUUGAGCGGUGAAACGGACGGUGGCGACGAUCAAGUGGGUUCCACCGGAGAUUGUGCGGUUGUUGAUGGAGGAGAGAGAGAGGGUUUCGAGAAGGAGGUGACUGAUUUUGUGACGCUUUUGGAGGAAGAAAUCGAAAAGUUUAAUGCGUUCUUUGAGGAUAAGGAAGAGGAAUAUGUCAUCAUAUUAAAGGUGUUGCAAGAUAGGGUAGCAGAGACUAGGGAUUCUAAUGAAGUGUUGAUGAAAGUAGGGAGGGAGAUAGUGGAUUUUCAUGGGGAGAUGGUUCUGUUGGAAAAUUAUAGCGCCCUAAACUACACAGGACUAGUGAAGAUACUCAAGAAAUAUGACAAGCGAAGUGGUGCUCUCAUUCGCUUGCCUUUUAUCCAAAAUGUUUUGCAGCAGCCAUUUUACAGAAUGGAUGUCCUUAGCAAUCUUGUGAAGGAGUGUGAGAAAAUGAUUGAUCGGUUUUUCUCCAUGAAUGAGCAGCCGGCCCCAUCUGAAGUAAUCAACGACACCAACACUGCUACUGAAAGUAACAAGAGGCCUCUUAAGGUUCCUGAAGAACUCGCUGAAAUUGAGAACAUGGAGAGCAUGUACAUGAAGCUUACCACAUCAGCAUUGCGGGUCUUGAAAGAGAUUCGAAGUGGAAGUUCUACAGUAAGCAUGUUUUCAUUGCCCCCUUUGCAAACUAACGAAAUUGAGGAGGCGUGGAAGAACAUUCCUGUUUUAGAACAAGCGGCCAAGUAGUUAGUUUGGUUAACUGCUCUUGCGAAGGAGGCAUGGAAGAACAGUCCUGUUUUAGAACAAGAGGCCGAAGGCUGGUUGCCAGUGUCAUUGUACGAUAUGAACCCCUUUCUUGUAGAAUAUUGUUAUUACCUGAAAUAUGAAGGAUUUUGCUGCAACAUUGCUCUUGGCUCUUGAUUUGAAGAUCAGUUUCAUCUACCUCAUCAUGAAAAAUUCUUUCCAAGACAUACUAGUAACUUACGUGAUGGCUGGUACAAAUAAAUCAGUUCAAAAAUCAUAGAUGGCUACAUUUAUUUUUCUUUGCCCUUCUAUAUAAAUUAGAUGCGGUUUAUCUUUGCUGAUUUUUUCUGCUUCAUAGGA